GGAAAUUAGAGAGAUUAUUUUAGGCUACCUCUAAAAUGCCACUGGCGAAUCAUUUUUUAUCUUAAAUUCCUGUGUUUCUUCAAGGCAUCUGAACAUGAAAAACUGUCACCUACCCACAUGGGCUGGCAGUAACAUUUGUCAAAGUGUCACUUGCUGACCGCAUGCCUAACUAUUCUGUCAGGACAGUGACACCACGGGAGGCUCAGGGACAUGUCCACAGCGCAGAUCUCAGCUCUGGUGCUCGGUGUCGGAGGGUUCGGCGCUCUUGUUGCUGCCACCACGUCCAACGAGUGGAAAGUAACCACGCGGGCAUCGUCGGUGAUAACUGCCACUUGGGUUUACCAGGGGCUCUGGAUGAACUGCGCAGGUAACGCGUUGGGCACUUUCCAUUGCCGACCGCAUUUUACUAUCUUCCAAGUAGCAGGCUAUAUCCAGGCAUGUAGAGGGCUUAUGAUUGCUGCUGUCAGCCUGGGAUUUUUUGGUUCCAUAUUUGCGCUCUUUGGAAUGAAGUGUACCAAGGUUGGAGGCUCAGAUAAAUCCAAAGCUAAAAUUGCUUGCCUGGCUGGAAUUGUAUUCAUCCUGUCAGGGUUGUGCUCAAUGACUGGCUGUUCUCUGUACGCAAACAAAAUCACAACAGAAUUCUUUGAUCCUCUCUUUGUGGAGCAAAAGUAUGAAUUAGGAGCUGCUCUGUUUAUUGGAUGGGCAGGAGCCUCACUCUGCAUAAUUGGUGGUGUCAUAUUUUGCUUUUCAAUAUCUGACAACAAGAAAACACCCAGAAUGGGAUAUACAUACAGUGGAGCCACAUCUGUCUUGUCUUCUCGGACAAAGAAUCAUGGCGGAGAAGGAGAUCUUAAAACCACAAGCCCUUCAAAACAGUUCGAUAAAAAUGCUUAUGUCUGAAGAGCUCUCUGCUGGCCAGCGCUGUCUUGAGUUUGUUAUCAAAGUGGACUGUUCACAGAAUAACCCCAUCAAAGAGCCCCCCUAUAAUUAACAAACUAUUUUUAAAGCAUGAAUUUGAAGAAUUCAUUGAUUGUAUGGAUGUAAAUGUUCUUACAUGGUUAUGUACUAAUCAUUUUCUGUUACGGCUUUCUAUAAAAAAAAUAAACAGGUUAUUUACAGGAUU